CUUGACCUUAGACGGAAGUGAAAGAGAUAAAAAUGGCUGCGUCCUGAAAUUAACAGAAUGAGCUCAGCUGCUCAAGUUUUGAAGCAAGCUGAGGCCCUGAAGGCAAGCAUAGGAGAUUCCUCCAGUAAUAGCCAUGAGACAUGGGUUGCUAGGCAACACCUCCAAGAUUUAUAUCAAAAGUUGCUAGUGAUUGACCUUGAGUACUCCCUGGACAAGAAAGUGGAGCAGGACUUGUGGAAUUAUGCUUUCAAGAACCAAAUCAAUGGUCUCCAGGUCCAGACCAAAGAUAAACAGAACCCCAACAGGGCAGAGAUCCAGGCCAGUCUGAACCUAUUCCUGGAGACUGCCAGUGGAUUCUAUUUACAGCUCAUGCAGGAACUAAGCAGUGCUUUUAAAUUAGAUUUGCCAUUUCGAAGAAAAACUAGUCACUUUGGUGCAUUAAAAGAAUGUUAUCCCUAUUAUGGUAAAAUCAAGUCUCCUAAGAAAGCUUCCUGUCUGUACAUCUGUCAGCACAUACUGGUGCAUCUUGGAGAUAUAGCUCGUUACCUACAGCAGAUAGAGCAAGCACAGACGUACUACAGACAUGCUGCAUUCCUGGUUCCUUCCAAUGGUCAACCUUACAACCAGUUGGCCAUACUUGAAGCAGCCAAAGGAAACAAACUGUGCACUGUCUUCUACUACAUCCGCAGUAUAGCAGUCAAGCACCCAUUCCCUGUGGCCACCACUAACCUGGAGAAGUUCUACAGUAAACUCAUCAAGGACUCUGUUGAAUACAGGGGCAAACUUUCCAUGUGUGAAUUUGUGAGCACAUUUCUCCAGUUUCAUGCUUUUGUCCAUUUGUGUACAGGUAAGCAGCAUGACAGUGGCAUGCCAUAG